AUGUCCACAGGAAUUUUCAUACUCAUUCUCUUACCAGGCUUUUUCUGCUUUAUGUGCAACAACGAUGGUCUGCAAAAUACUCCUUCACAUGAAAUUCAUUACAAUGCCACAGACUAUACUCAGAACUUUAGUGAUAAAUACGUAACGGUGGAUUACAAAAGUUAUUCCAAAAGCGGGAUUCAGCAUCAUCAGUGGACCAUCACAAGCCCCCAAAACACUCUGAUAAAUGUAACAUUCUUCGCGGGUUGGCCUUACAACCUGAAUCCGACAGCCGAUAUAUCUUGUGAGUCGCGGAAAAGCAAUUUAAAGGUUGUAGGCCUCAUGGGACAAAAUGGAACUUUCUGUAUAGCACCUGGUCAGUACGAGGACAUCAGGAGGAAUAUGACCACAUCACUAUCAUCAAGCAAUUCAUUGUUGAUUCAGUUUCAAGUCGACACUGCCUUUGUCAAGGAUUCUAACUUUAGUCUUAGAUAUGAAGUUGGAAGGUUCUGUGCUGAAGAGAUAACUAUAAUGGACGAAUACACGGUACAAUGGAACCCAGCAUUCAUGUGCAGAGAAGCAGUGUCAAAAUGUCCCUACUCUACAGAGGGUUAUAUGUCUCGACGUUGCAUUGAAAUCGAUGGCUACCCAAAGUGGGGAAGACCAAACUUGGAACACUGUGUUAGUCUAGCGAUGAAAAAUAUCUACAACGAGGCAGAGUCACUCCGAAAUAAAAGUGUAGUAUCAUCAUCAUCCAUUUUGAACGUCACAUCAAGUCUUGCUGACAUCAUCGCCAAAAGAAAAUCGAACACAUCCCUUUAUCCUGGUGAUCUAACAGAGGCAACACGGACCGUUGUAACUAUUUCAGACGUAACAGAAAAUGCAUCCGUACACGAGUAUUCCUUGUUAGAAAUUGCAGAGGGGUAUGGAAAGGCUGUAAAUGAAAUUGUCGAUCCAGAAACAACAAACACUUGGAAAAUAUUGGCAUUUUCAACAGUGGAAAGAAAAUUUCUGAAUAUCCUAAAUUCAGUUGAGAUUAUGUCUUCUCACAUCGCAAGGAAGAAAAUCUCGAUGAUGAAGAAACGAUUUCAUCGUUCUGCUAGCAACUACUCACUUAAUGAUCGCAUAAACGUUUUACAGGAAAAUAUAGAUUUUGAAAUAUCAUUUCAUGAGAGAGUUGCUAUUUGUGAGGACACCGUGGGUUUAAAUGUCGGUCCUGCCAAGUCGGACAGAUUGAUACUGACGUCAUCUGUAUUCAAAGCGGCUAUUGGUUCAACGAAAGACAAAUUUAUACAGAUAUACACUGGACGAUUUCCAACUAUUCCAAAUAUAUUGUCAUCUGCUGCAGAGGAGGAAACGAAAUACAACUACAUAUAUCCAAACAUUUCCAGACAAAGUCAGUUUAUAAGCUCCGACAUCGUAUCAGCCCGGGUGUUGAACACCCCUGAGUCAGCUUAUCGAGAUCUCACUCAUCCUAUAACCAUUGUCUUUCGUGUAGAUAACACGACGUGGAACUCUUCUUACCAGAGAACCUGUGUUGCUCUCAAUAUGACGGAUGGUUCCAUGGAAAAUCGUUGGUCAACAGAAGGAUGCCAUUUGGAUCCCUUACAGAGCAAUCUUACCCAUGCUGUUUGUGUUUGCUCACAUUUGACUAAUUUCGCUAUCCUGAUGGAUGUAUUUGACGUUCAGAGUAAGAUUGAUCAUGAUAAUUCCAUGAUUCUGACAAUUAUGACGUAUAUAGGAUGUGGUCUAUCUAUAAUAGGAUGUCUCAUCACUGUUGUCAUUUUCGAAUUUUUCAGAUUGAAGAAAGAGAGAAUCAAGAUUCACGAACAACUUGCAAUCAGUAUCAUUAUGGUUCAAAUAAUAUACCUUGUAGGGAUAGACCGCACUGAGAAUAAGUAUGCUUGUAUGUCCAUGGCUAUAUUACUGCACUACUUUCUUCUGAGUAUGUUUUGUUGGAUGUUGAUUGAGGGCUUCCAUCUGUACGUUAUGCUCGUGCAAGUGUUUAAAGCAAACAGGAAUUUCAAAAAGUACCUAGCGUUUGGCUGGGGUUUACCUAUUGUGAUAGUAGGAAUAUCGGCUGGGAUAUUUCAUGAUGAGUAUGGAUCUAACACCGUAUGCUGGUUAACUCGUAAAGUCUUGCUUGUGGCGUUUGUGCCUGCUGUGGGACUUUUAAUUUUGUUGAAUACAAUCGUUUUAUUCGUUGUGUUGAGGACUAUGAUGCGUUCGAUUUCGGUGUCUGCAAAGAUAGGAACAGACGAACGAUCUAGCGUAAGAACUGGUCUAAAGGCAGCUGCCGUCUUACUUCCUAUUCUCGGGCUGACUUGGACUUUGGGAUUUUUCUCAAUUGACUCCAAGGACACACUUGUCUUUACUUAUCUUUUCACAUUCCUAAACUCUCUUCAGGGUGUUUUCUUUUUCUUGUUCCAUUGCUUGAUGAGUACUGAUGUGAAGACUGCUUUUGAACGCAGAUCACAGCGAAAGAGCAGGUCUAGUUUGUCAGCAACUCUUGGUAAAUCCAACAAAAGGGACAGGCUGAUAGACAACAGAAAGUCGUCUUCGACGGAUACGUCUUUGACGGAUGUGUCCCUCUCCCACAAAUUAACCCCUACCACCAACAGACUUUCACAGAUGGAGUCGAACUGGGAUAAUUAUGGAUACGACCAUCCGACGGAAUUUUUCACUCGCUCUUUUAGCGAUGGCAUCCCUUCUUGGAAAAAUAUCAACAAUUUACGCGCGCUUCACACGCAUUAUCAGACAGCAGACGACAUUUAUUCCAAACACGGCCUUCAUCAGAGACAAUUUGAACAGAGUAAAGAACAGUCUAUUGAAGACCUUUACAGCAAACCAUUGAAGAGACGUGACAGAGAGAACCAUGUUCAUUUCAAUGAUGACAUGGUAUUAACAGAACGAAAACUCGGCACAAUUAGUCCACCUGGAAUGAAGCUGACGAACUUCGACAGUCCGUACACUACAAUCGACAAAAAUUGGUCAAAGAGUUUUCUGGCUGAAAUUCAAGAAAAAGCAAACAAUAUCAAGUUAAGGAACAAUUUGGCGAUUGAAAAUGGAAAACUGGAGGUAUAGUUGAAUG